AUGUCUGAGGCUCGUACGCAUUGGGGUCUCUCGUGCCCUUACGGAGGCAGUUUCUACAUCUGUGAAGAUGACGAUACGCAGUUUAUAGGUUGUUGUGUCAAUGAUCCAUGUGGCAGGAACAACGGAACCUGUCUUAGUGGUGAUUUACGUGCAACAUCCUUCGACUCUGAUAAAUACUCUCAGCUUCCCCAGCAAGACUGUGACAACUCUCAAGGUGUCGACAACUGGUACUCGUGUGCCCAUACCGAACCGCCAUUCCUAGGAUGCUGCAGCCAGAACGCUUGUACCUCAGAGUGUCCAAGGGCAAAGCUUGUGCCAGCUAAGCUAUCUGAAAUUGAGAAUAACAGACUCAACUUUCUUCACCCUAGCCAAAGUCAAAGCUCUACUACCUCGAGUGUGUCCGAGACAGCCUCUACCACAGCCUCGAGCACCUCUGUAGUUGAUGUAAAUGAGGGCGAUGGCUUGGGAGCUGGAGCUACUGCCGGCAUCGCUGUGGGUGCGUCAGUCGGAGGUCUGAUUGUUCUCAUUCUCGUGGCCUGGCUUUUCUGGUGGAAGCCCCGACAGAAGAACAAGCAUCAACGAGAACACGGCCCAGGUUAUAGUGUGCCUCCAGCUGCACCGACACUUACAGCGAAUCCGGUUCCGCCUCCAAGUGGCCCUAUCCAUCCGAGCACAUUCGUCGCCCAAUCUCCCAGGAGUGGCUAUCAGCAGUCAUUCACUUCAUCUCCCACGGUUAUGAAUCCACACAAUAGCGGUAUAUCCUCUAUUGAACAGUUCCAAAAGUAUUUUCCGAAUAUUUCUCAUUCUGAACAACCGCAAUCCUUCAUAUACUUUCCGGAGCACAGUUCCCGACACGCACACUGUCCCAACUUUCUUCCUCCGUACCAACAACAGUACAAUCACAGUCACAACCAACAACAGAUGGGUGUCGCUUCAGAAAUGGUUGGCAGUACGACACUCCCACAGGAAAUGAGUACAGGUGCAGAACAUCGCAUCAAUCGUCACUCGAGCAUUGUUCCAGAGACAGAGUUGGGCCUCGCCAGACCGCAAAUGAGUUGA